AUGUUCGAACAAAUAAAAGAUGCGGAGACGAAGUUGAAUGUGGAGACAUCGGAUCUAUCUGUUGAUGCACAGUCUGUUAGGAAAGGUCCCACUUCGGUCGAUUUUGAUGGAUAUAUAAGCGUAGGUUCCGCUGAAGAUGGCAAUAAUAUGCUUGAAAUUCCUGUUGAUGACGAUGGUAACUUACCGAUAGCUACACUUGCACAUUCGUUCCCUGAAGCUAUAGGAUUAAAAUUCAAAAAUCAGACGACUGGAAUCUAUCGAACUUUAGCAGUAGAUGAACAAAAGCGAUGCAUUUAUCCACCAAAAGGUGGUUGGGGAACGCGACGUUAUGUAGCAAUCUUUGCAUCUCCAGCAGGUGAUCGAAAACGGCGGUCAAACGAUGAUAUGGGGGAUCUAGUAGGGGAAAAACGCUCUGGCUGGGAUGGUAGUCUGAAUGAAAGUUUGCGUGUACCGGUAGAUUUAAUCGUUCUCAAUCUCUCUUUCAAAACAGAUGAGGAGGCGCUCAAAAAAUUUUUCGAACAAUACGGUGAAGUUCAGUAUGUUGAGGUCAAACGUGACUUUAAGACCAAUAUGCCAAAAGGCUAUGGUUUUGUGAAAUUCGCUGAUAUUGAAUCGCAGGACAAAGUGCUUCGGGAUAAAGAAGUUUUUAUCGAUGGGAGGGUAACACAGGUGAAACUUCCAAACCACUUUACUAACAGAAUUUCUCAGCAGCCAUCUUUUGAAAUGCCCCCUGCUCAAGAAACAAUCUCAACAAAAUUAUACGUUGGACGUGUGUGGAAUACGCUGACAGAAAAAGAUAUAUUCGAUGUUUUCGAUGCGGAAGCAAAGAGACUUUCUCCUCUUGCCAAGGUCGAACGAGUAUUCAUCCCCAAACCUCAUCGUGGUUUUGCAUUUGUAACGGUGAAUGAUCCAAAUGUAACGAAACGGUUUUGUCAAAUACGCGACUUUAUCAUCAAAGGUAAAAGUGUAUGCGUCAGCAUCCCAACGCCAAAAAAUAGUGCGAAACAGAUGCAGCAACAAAUUCAAAAUCAAGACGUGUAUCCUACUCAGUAUCCAAUAUCACAACCGCCACAAAGUUCUAUGCACUCGUCAAAUUAUCCGAGUCAGUUCCCACAAAAUCAAAGCUGGGUAAAUCCACGGACCACAUAUCGUAACCUCGGAGCGCCGAUGUCCUACCCCCAUGAUUACAGCAAUUCGCAGCAGUGGAAAUAA